GUGAAUGAUAUAUCUGGACAAGUGGAGAGUAUUAAAGGGGAAGUAACUGCUGCCAUGUCGGAGUUAGAGAAUGACCAGGCAUCACCACUGAAUGUUGACUCCCCUAAACCAGUCACGAAACAAGAUGCAUUCUCCAGUCUUACAGAGUAUAUCAAAAGUCAACAAUACCAAAAAGCAAUACAGCUUGUCAGAUCUUUCAGGACAAUGUGGCCUGGUGACAUGUUUGGACAAUCACAGGAUGAUGACCUUGUUACCCUGCUCAAUGUAUUUUGUAUUGAAAUGGCUGAAAAGAAAACAGGUGUAUUUGUAUUAACAAAGGUGGAGUUUGAUAUUGGUUUGUUAUAUAGCCAGUUAUUGGACAUUAAUCAACAAAUUAGAAACUGGACUAUACCCUCUCCUCAACAGUCGUGCACAGGAAACAACGAUUUAUUAGACUCCAGUACAUUAUGAUAGUAUAAAUAUUCUGAGUUUGACAAGAAAACUACAAUUAAUU